AUGAUACUUCGGAUAGCCGCCGGACUCCUGCUCUGCUGCCUCGUGACGGGUGCUACGCAUAUAGCGAGCCGGCAGAGACGCGAAGUCAAAGGAACCGAGCAGAAGUACAACGUGCGGCUUGCAAACGGUACGAGCUUUGAGUUUACCGCGCAAGGCUUUGAGAAGUUUUCUAAGUGCCUCCAGAAAGGUUCGACCGAGGGGAAUCAGUCAGUGCCUAUCAACACCUUCAAUGAGUGUGCAUCAGACCUGUACUCCCGUCUCCAGACCAACGUCACCAACCAGUUCCACGUCCGAAACAUCAACGACCUCGGGUCGGCGUUCCGCAACCUGACGGCUCUUCGGAACCUCAACCGGAACAUCGCCCGUCAACUCGACGCCGUCCACCAGAACCUCCGCAAACUGAGAAUCCCAAACGUGGAAAACACCCUCUUCCACCGCUCCCUCCUGGCCGCAAACCAAGCGUUCCAAAACAUGUCCAAUGCCGUGAUCCCUCCGCAAGCCCAGACAAACGUACAGAACGUAUUUCAGAACCUCAACUCCACGCUCCAAGCGCUCGGAAGCCUCGCACACGCCGGUAACGCCGCCAUGCAACCCGUGACCCACGCCAACCAGUUGAUGAAGCGGCUUCAAGACGACCUGAAGAACUUGCAGAACGUCACCAAGACGCUGCCGCGAACUGACCCCAGGCACCUGUUCGAAAUGACGGCGACAAACUUCACGACGCUCGUCCGGAACCUGACGCGAAGCUUUCCGGAGGUGAUGCGGAGGAUGACGUCCCAGGGGGUCCACGGCGUUCGGCCAAUGAGAGACUUCGUCCAGUCCCUCUCGCAGAACCUGCGCAACGCGUCCUUCUCGAUAUCUGCGAACUCGAACUCGUCGUCCAUGUCGCGCGCGUCGCACGACCUGGUGAACGCGUACGACGGGUUCCAGCUGGCGACCAACAACGCUCUGGUCGCCGUGUCCGACCUGGUGAGAGGGUCCUUGGCCCUGGUCAAUCCGGCCAACUGGAACGUGAGGCUGGGAGACGGCGCCGAACGGAGGGGACUUCUGGGGAUCGGCAGGCGCAUAGGCCACGAAAGGAGAGGACUGCUGGGGAUUAGCAAGCGCAUAGGUGACGAAAAAGGGGGACUGCUGGGCAUUAGUAAACGUGCGGGUGAUAAGAGGAGAGGACUUCUGGGGAUUAGCAAGCGCAUAGGUGACGAAAAAGGGGGACUGCUGGGGAUUAGUAAACGUGCGGGUGAUAAGAGGAGAGGGCUUCUGGGGAUCAGCAAGCGUGCGGGUGACGAGAGGAGAGGACUGCUGGGGAUAAGCAAACGUAUAGGUGAUGAACCGAGAGGACUUCUCGGGAUCAACAAACACAUAGGUGGUAAACGGAGAGGACUUCUGGGGAUUCACACGCACUUGGGCAACGCCUUCAGAAGACGCCACUAAUGAGACGUACGUCGACGGAAAAACAAGAACGAAGUUAAACCUACGCUUAUGUGUACAGGGAGGCAGGUUAUACCAGUGUUGCUGCUCGGGGUCGGGCAAAAUGAUAACUUUGUUGAAGGAAACGAAAUAUUGUCGAAUUACUGGAACGCUGUUGCCGCCACUGCAGCUCACGGUAGGCUUUGCAGCUCUCACCGAUUUAGCAGCUUCGCUUAAUAACCGUUGUUGCGUUCGAUCACAAUGUGGCCACUUGUGACCCAAGCAGCACAACACGUUGGCCCCAUAUUGGUCCAGUCUUGGACCAAUAUCGGGUCGACAUAUUGUGCUGAUUGGGGAAGCAGCCUUACACUUAGAAGCUUCCAAGUCGCAAUGCUACAAUGUAUUUCGAAAUAAGUUACGAACGCUAUAAGUUAUUUUGAAACAAAUUCCAGUACAUCUGGUGAGCUGCGGCAGCAAUACCGGAGGUGGCCCUUGUACGGUCGCAACGGAGAUUCCUAGGAUGAAGGGUACGUCUUGGGACCCAAGUUCACAAUCACGACGUGCGUCAUCCAGAUAACUUGGGGCUCCCUGUGAUCCGCCUGCAGCUGGACCACCAUGUUGGUGAAGUCAUGCCUUAACUGGAAACCGACCUGUGGAAUGCAAACUCGUUUUUCACUAUGAAAUACAAGUAAACUGAAUGAACAUUACAGUGGCCAACUGAUUUUACAGGUUAAUACAUUUUUACCAGCAUUCUUCCAGACAGACCGAAGUCCAAAGGUGCGAUUUUUCUGACUAAAAUGCUUGCAGAGAAGUACCAAUACCACUAUUUUUUUUAAUUUUUUUUUGGCACUACUGCGGCACCUUCGUAACUGCCAUUUUGGGUUGUGCGCUUGGCUUGGAUACGAUUGUUAAUUUGAAUCCCGGGUGAGACUGCUCUAAAACUUCCAAAUUGUACAGCUAGCUUUCGGUGUCGGCACACCGACGCUUUUGGGAGUUGGGCCGCCAAUGCAGUGCAAGCGGAUAUCAUCACACACAGGUGCAACAUGCA